AUGUUCUCCAUGAUUAGGCUUCACCCAGGAAUAAAACUCAUACGCCCAGGCAUUAGUUCUGGGGCUUUUCACUUUUCUACGAGGGCUAUACGAUCGUCGUUAUGGACUAUACCUAAUGUGUUGACAUAUACGCGUAUUGUGGCUACACCGUUUAUUGGGUACUAUAUAACUACGGGCCACUCGACUGCUGCGUUGCUGUUGUUUACGUACUCGUGUGUUACUGACUUUGUUGAUGGGUAUAUUGCAAGAAAGUAUAAUAUGAAAUCGAUUGUGGGGUCAAUUGUUGAUCCGUUGGCGGAUAAGUUUCUUAUGACGGUGUGCACGUUGUCGUUGGGGUACGUUCAUGCGAUUCCGCCGGUGAUAGCAAGUAUAAUUAUUGGGCGCGAUGUGAUGUUGAGUUUUAUGUCGUUUUAUUAUAGGUACAAGAGCUUGCCAGCUCCCAAGACGUUUGAUAAGUUUAUUAGUAUUGGCCAGAUCCCAACAAUCAGUGUACAUCCCAAUAUGUUGGGGAAGUUGAAUACGGCGUUGCAGAUGGUGUAUAUUGGGAGUUUGGUAUACCGCCCGAUUUUGGAGGGCGUUGUUUCUGCGGGGGUGUAUGAUGGGAUGGGAAUGGUUGUGGGUGCCACCACGCUUCUAAGUGGGGCCAACUACUUGUUUAGCAAAAGUUCAUGGAGAUAUGUAAGAUGA